AAAUUAAGUAUGGUAUCCCCAUUCCUGCCGGGUGUGUGAAACAUAGAAACUGUGUACCUAUCUGUAAAUUACCUAAAUUUAGUUGUAAACAAUGUGUUUUAUAAAUUAUGUAAACGUAUUACAAUGAGAUAUUAGCUAUCAGUGUGACUAAUGUGUUAAUAUAGGGCUUUUAUACGUAAUUUAAAUUGAUGUGAGGUUUUCGUGCUUUGUCUCCGUGUGUGACAAUAUACUCAAAAUGGCGCAUCAACUGGCACCGUCUGUAAAUUGUUCAUUAGACGACAUUGACCUCAGCGCACUAAAGGAUCCUGCUGGUAUAUUCGAACUCAUAGAAGUAGUUGGAAAUGGUACUUAUGGCCAGGUUUACAAGGGCCGGCACACAAAAACAGGCCAGCUUGCUGCUAUUAAGGUUAUGGAUGUCACACAAGAUGAAGAGGAAGAAAUAAAACUUGAAAUCAAUGUAUUAAAAAAGUAUUCAAAUCACCGUAACAUAGCCACAUACUAUGGAGCAUUUAUAAAAAAGAGUCCUCCCGGUAAAGAUGAUCAGCUGUGGUUAGUCAUGGAGUACUGUGGUGCAGGAUCAGUGACAGAUUUGGUUAAAUCAACCAAAGGGCAAUCACUAAAAGAAGAGUGGAUUUCAUAUAUUUGUAGAGAAAUAUUGAGAGGUUUAAGCUAUUUACACUCCAACAAAGUCAUCCACAGGGAUAUCAAAGGGCAAAAUGUCUUGUUAACUGAUAAUGCAGAAGUGAAACUGGUGGACUUUGGAGUGUCAGCACAACUUGAUAGGACUAUUGGACGAAGGAAUACUUUUAUUGGUACUCCUUAUUGGAUGGCUCCAGAAGUCAUAGCUUGUGAUGAAAACCCUGAUGCCACAUACGACAACCGCUCUGACCUAUGGUCACUGGGUAUCACAGCUUUGGAGAUGGCUGAAAGUCAACCCCCUCUUUGUGAUCUUCACCCAAUGAGAGCUCUAUUUCUUAUUCCGAGAAAUCCACCUCCACGUCUAAAAUCCAAAAAGUGGGCCAAGAAAUUCCACAGUUUCAUUGAAACUGUUCUUGUGAAGGAUUAUCAUCAAAGGCCAUAUACUGAACAACUUUUAAAACAUCCUUUCAUAAGAGAUCAACCUACAGAGCGGCAAGUCAGAAUACAACUUAAAGAUCACAUAGACAGAUGUAAGAAGAGAAAGCAGGAUAAUUCAGUCCGUGAAGACUACAAGUACUCUGGUUCAGAAGGCGAGGAAGAAGAGAGUGCCGUUGCUGGGGAACCAUCAUCUAUAGUACACAAUGCUCCACACCAGGGUGGUGAUACUUUACGCCGCAACUUUCAACAGAUUCAGGAAGGCCGAGCUCCUGUGGAGCCUCCACAACCGCAGCCACCGCCUAAACGCAACAGCAAACGAGAGGAACGAGAAGAAAUUCCAGAGCCUGGCCCUCCGGCGAGGCCUUCCAUUCCACAAAGACUGAUUGUAGUUCCAGACCCGCAGACACAGCAACCUAAUAGAUAUAGGCCUCUGCCGCCGACACCGAAAUCUUCAGGCUCGUCUAACAGUUCUGGUUCCAAUAACGGCACACCACCGGCCUGUGGCCCACAACCUCCACAGCGGGGGUCUCACCAUUUGUUCAAGCCAAUGGACUUGGACAAGUUGGCAGCCCAACUUAACGAGCUGGGUGUAGUAUCAGGCAAUGAACCACCAAACCGACCCCCACGAGCACCUGCCAAUGGACAAGGUCCUCCAGUUGAGAGAAAUCCACCGGAGCCGACGUUCGAUGAGUCUGACAGCGACUCUGAUUUGGAAGAUAACGGCGGCCGCGUCCGUAACGAUGGCACUCUGCUAGCCAGCGACCCUCCUAAACCACUGCCCGGUCUGAGCGCGGUGGCGGAGGACGGCGCGGGUGGUGGGGGUGGGGGCGGCACGGGGGGUGCGCCCACCCGCCCGUUACCGCCCACGCCCGAUGACGACGACGCCCACCCAGACCGCACGCUCGUCAUGAAAAGGAAAGAAAAUACCGAAAACGACAAAAGGCAGUCGGACGUAGACGAAGCUGUACUACUGAAGGACUGGGAUUUUGCGCGAUUUUUCCCGUCACGAAAUUCAGACCCUAAGGAGGGAAAGGAACCUAUUAAAGAAAACGAACAAAAGCGCGCACAAAUACAGAGUCAAUCUCGGAUCGAGUUGGAAGAUGCGUGGGCCAAUUACAAAGCAAUCGCAACUCCCCCUUCUCGUCACAAACAGUUGUUCCAGAAACCAAGUGAAAAAUCGACGCAAGAUAAGUUAUCCGAUAUAUUGAAGUACAAAAAAGAACAAGACGCAGAACUAAACUCGCCAAAUAGAUUCUUUAGAGGAUUCAGAAGAGAAAACUCCGACUUCUUUCCUUUACCAAGUACACGGCACUCCGCUAUAUACUUUCCAAAGCAUGAAAGUCAAGCAGGAGCCAGUAAACAAUUGAGAUCGAGUGGCAUUUUCAAUAACUCGCGAAAACAAAUCAUUAAAGCUCCACCUGCUGGUGAACCCAUAUUGACUGAUUUUAUAAAAAUGAAUGACAGCUUAAAGAUGUCUGCACAAGGAGAAGUGAAGAAAAAUGAUAAAAAGGCUGUUGAUAAAAAAGCUAAUAAUCCAAUAGACGCGUUGAAAAGUGUUGCUGCACUGAUAAGACAAGAUAGUGAAAAUAAUAGCCCAAGUAGGCAAAGUAGCGUGAACAGUGAUUCUCCAGCGACGAGCAUUUGCUUCACCAACAGUGCGUCCUUCGAGAAAGCAGGCACACCCGACCUCACAGCUAAUACUAUCGAAAAUCAAGGACGUAUAAACGCACCUGACUCUAACAAUAUAGUCAAGCCUCGCAGAGAAAAGACUGAAUCCGAUAUAGUAUUUCGAAGAAAUUCCCAUUACAAUCGGCACUCUGAACUUAUGUCGAGUGGGCAGGAAGCGGUACUCGCACAGGAUCAGGGUCGGUCAAGUGGAAAUGAUAGCAGUGGAGCUAGAACAAGCUCGGUGCUGCCAGACUUGCUCAGCCAAGCAGGCCAACCUACCACGCCGCCAAGACACGACAAAUCCACUAGCGAGGAGAAGCAGCGGUCGUUCCUGACGUUCGGGUUCGGUGCGGGCUCCACGGGCAGCGGCACGGGCGGCUCCGGUGGGAACGCGUCCCGUCGCGAGAGCCACGUCAAUGUCAACGUCACGCCCACCGGACAUGAUCUCAGCUCGGACACGCCCGAGAUACGGAAGUACAAGAAGAGAUUCAACUCAGAGAUUUUGUGCGCCGCUCUAUGGGGGGUCAAUCUGUUGAUUGGCACAGAAAAUGGUUUAAUGCUACUUGACCGUUCGGGACAAGGAAAAGUUUAUCAAUUGAUCUCACGACGCCGCUUCCAGCAAAUGGAAGUGUUAGAAGGACAAAAUAUUCUCGUGACAGUAUCUGGGAAAAAGAAUCGCGUCCGAGUUUAUUAUUUAAGCUGGCUCAAAUCAAAAAUUUUACGCACUGAUGGCCUGAGUGAUCAAGCAGAAAGAAGAAAUGGAUGGAUAAAUGUUGGUGAAUUACAAGGUGCAGUUCACUUUCGUAUUGUGAAAUACGAACGAAUUAAGUUCCUAGUGAUCGCGUUGAAAGAUUCCAUUGAAAUAUACGCGUGGGCGCCUAAACCAUAUCAUAAGUUCAUGGCUUUUAAAAACUUUGGAGAAUUACAACAUAGGCCUCUAUUAGUAGAUCUAACUAUAGAAGAAGGAACAAGACUGAAAGUUAUUUAUGGUUCAGCGGAUGGUUUCCAUGCUGUUGACCUGGACACUGCCACUGUCUAUGAUAUUUAUAUUCCGAAGCAUACACAGGGAGCAAUUAUUCCACAUUGUAUUGUACCUCUUCCAAACUCUAAUGGUGUGCAGUUAUUAUUAUGUUAUGACAAUGAAGGUGUAUACGUAAAUACUAAUGGACGCGUUAGUAAAAAUAUUGUGCUACAGUGGGGUGAAAUGCCUACAUCGGUUGCGUACAUUGGCACGGGACAAAUAAUGGGUUGGGGAAAUAAAGCCAUCGAAAUUCGCUCAGUGGAGAGCGGUCAUCUCGACGGUGUGUUUAUGCACAAAAAAGCACAACGACUCAAAUUUUUAUGUGAGCGCAACGACAAGGUAUUUUUCUCGUCCGCCAAAGGGGGCUCUUCCUGUCAGAUAUAUUUCAUGACACUCAACAAACCCGGAAUGGCAAAUUGGUAGGGAUUAAGAGAGGACGGCGACGAGAGCGCCCGCGAUCUGUGAUGGCACCAGGGGCCCCGACACUCGCACAUGUCCUUAUGUACAAGACAUGCCGAUAGUAUAGAGUCAAUGUUAAAAAUAAAAAUAAACAAUGUGCUUUGGCCAUUUGGAAUUCAAAGACUUGUGAUAGUGACAGAUGAUAAUUUAUGCUCAAAAGACAAUCCACGUAAUUACAAACGAGUAUUUGAGAUCCCUUUUUAUUACAAGUGUCAUUUUAUACUGAGAAUUGAUACAACCUACUAAGAAAUAUUAUUAUUAUAUUAAGCAAUAACCUCUAGAAUAAAUGUUUUGAUAUUGACAAUUAUUCAUAAGUAAGUUAAUAUUGCUAAGUUCUAUUAUUAUGUUGCAAAUGUUUAUUUCUCAAAGAAAAUGUAAUGUCAAAUCUACCUAUCAAUCGUAUAUGGCCAUAUUAUAUUGUUUAUAAAAGUUAAGCUAGUUGGUGAUGAUGAAGUGAUUGGUUACAAUUUAUUAUGUUUAUGUUUUGAACAAAGAAGAAUGCCAUUUUAACUCAUAUAAAUAAUUUUAUUAUUGACUUACAACAAUUUAGAUAUUGUAAUUUUUAUUAUUCAAUCUCUACAAGUUUAACCCACUUAUACAAAUUGGCAUUUAGUCAAGUCACUUUGUAUUAUAAAUAUAACACACACCAAACAACAAUUUCAUUAAUGGAUAAAUCCUAAAAUUUGGUACUAUUUAUUAUUUAUUGUUAUUAUGUACUAUAUUAUUUACAUGUAUAAAGAUGUAACUGUGCAUAUUGAAAAUUAUAUAUUUGAUGAUUUUUUUAUUUGAGACUACCUUAGCGU